AAACCCUCGCUUCAGUGGAGGCGUUGGAGAGCGAAGAAGGCGAAAAUGUCGAAGAGAGGAAGGGGAGGAUCGGCCGGAAAUAAGUUCCGGAUGUCGCUGGGUCUUCCCGUGGCGGCGACGGUGAACUGCGCUGACAACACGGGUGCCAAGAAUCUUUACAUUAUCUCCGUCAAAGGGAUCAAGGGACGUCUCAACCGUCUUCCCUCCGCUUGCGUCGGCGACAUGGUCAUGGCCACAGUCAAGAAGGGAAAGCCCGAUCUCCGUAAGAAGGUGCUUCCAGCUGUCAUCGUCCGUCAGCGCAAGCCAUGGCGCCGAAAGGACGGUGUCUUCAUGUACUUCGAAGAUAAUGCUGGUGUGAUUGUCAACCCCAAGGGAGAGAUGAAAGGAUCUGCCAUUACUGGACCAAUCGGGAAAGAGUGCGCUGAUCUUUGGCCAAGAAUUGCUAGUGCUGCCAAUGCUAUUGUCUAAGAGUCUUUAUUUCAGUUUUAGCUCUCUCUGUUUUAUUGCUGAUCGUAGGAUUUCCAAUUUUUGUUUAAUUUUGCUUGCUUUUGGACAACCAUAUAUUUUCGAAUAGAUUGCCCUUUUUAUAUAAUGUUAAUUUUAGUCCCAUUUUUUCUCUCAA